AUGUUGCAACUGGUGAAUGAAGCGACAAAAAACGGUAAACUAGAUGAGAAGAACAAAUCAGCCUUCAUUCUUCAAGAUGCAAAGUGCCUUGAGAAUUUUAUGAAGAUCGAUACGACAAAGACGGAGAAUUAUUCAGGGAUAUAUACAUGUCAUUUGAAUGUGGAAGUAAAGAGGGAACCAGCACCAGAUGGCUAUUUUGGAUAUUCACAUAAACCACAGAAGAAAUUUGGUGUUUCUGGUAUACUUCACGCCAUGCCUCUUCCUAUUAAUAUUGCAGUUGAAGAUGUGAAGACAGCGGUUGUUUACUACUGGGGAAAGGACGUUAAUUUGAUAAUGCCAGUUAUGGUAGUGCUCAAUGUUGUGGCUGAGAAGAGGCUCAAAAGAUCGAUAUUGUAUACAUACAGCACAGUUUACGUUGAGAAUUUGGAAACAAGAUGGUCACUGGUCCAAAAGGAGGUAAAACUCACGGAUAGGGAACUAAAGGCCAGACUGGAUACUCUAAACUGCUCGCUCCAUAAGCAGGUUAAUAUAAAUGCAUCAAUGAAAGAUGGAUACAAAAGCACUUUUGGAUCAUGUAGCGUUGACAUAGAAGUCACCACUGAUUUUUACGGUUCAUUUGAAAAGGUUACUCAUUCCGCUGGUGGAGCGUUCUGGUUGACUUCUAUUUCCCAGGGCGUAAAACCAUUUUCUGGUCUAGACAUACCAGAUACUCCAGUUUCUAAUGUAUCCUUUUACUUUUGGGGUAAUGAUCCUAUACUUGUUGAGGUGACAAGAGGAGCAGAAGUGUCCUACUUUAGACAUGUUGAGGGAACUCGGUGGGAUGACAUUGACGCCGCCGAUCUAAGGGAUACACUGGAGACCCUUGCACGUGACAGGGCACCUUCUUUUGUUCUAAAUAUGGCGGAAAGAGACUCUUAUGAGAUCGCUGGAGCGAUUGUUGCUGUAAAGACUAUAAAGGUGGAGGACUAUACACAGUUUAAGCACACACUUCAAAGCAGGGACUCCUUCAAAGUUUCUGGAUUAACCCACAGUGGAGUAUCCAUAAGCUUAGAGGAGCUCUCUAAGGAAUUGAGAGAGCCAUGUAUUCAGGUCUCCGCCUAUUACUGGAACGAUAAUAUGGAAACACCCCUCCUCAUCGAAUUUGAAACUGCGUCUGGAAAGUUUUAUUUAGGCUUGGCAUCUGGAGGAGCAUCUCUAGAACCAACUUGGAGAAAAGAGCCACGCGUAUCCGGUAGAAUAACAAACACACUCGCAGAGAUCAACUGCAGGGUGAAUCGCGUAUACAUCUUUGAUGCCUUGCAAACAGAAGAUUACGAUUCAUCAUGUGUGCAUGUUACUGUAAAUCAGACACGUGAUCCGAAGGAUCCGCUUGGAUAUACUCGCUACAUGCACAGUGUUGCCACGGACUCAUUUACGGUUGGAAAGAUUGUCGGUGUGUCAUUCCCCGGUAUCACUUUCCCAAUUCCCGGGGUAACUAGGAUUUACAUAUUCCUUCCGGAUUCUGGAGAUAAACCGAUACUUUUGUACGUUGAAAAGUUGGACAAGAUUUAUAGUCAGUGGUCCGGAGAUAACGAUGAACCCGUCAAUGGGUCUCAUCAUGAGGGGUACCUGUUUAUGGAAUUGUAG